GCGCGGCGGCGGGCAGGCGGGAUGGCGGUGCGGGUGCGGGUGCUGCUGGCGCUCUGCGGGGUGCUGGCCGCCUGCCGGGCGGCGGAGCCGGGACCGGGGGCGGGGGUCGGGGUCGCCAGCCGGCGGCGGCGGCUGAGCGCCGAGGAGGGCAUCUCCUUCGAGUACCACCGCUACGCCGAGCUGCGGGAGGCGCUGGUGGCCGUGUGGCUGCAGUGCCCCGCCAUCAGCAGGAUCUACACGGUGGGGCGCAGCGCCGAGGGCCGAGAGCUCUUGGUCAUCGAGGUCUCCGACCGCCCCGGCGAGCAUGAGCCCGGAGAACCGGAAUUUAAAUAUGUUGGGAAUAUGCAUGGAAAUGAAGCUGUUGGAAGGGAGUUGCUCAUCUUCUUGGCUCAGUACUUGUGUAACGAAUACCAGAAAGGAAAUGAAACUAUUAUCAACUUGAUCCAUAGCACGCGUAUCCAUAUCAUGCCAUCUUUGAACCCAGAUGGCUUUGAGAAGGCAGCAUCCCAGCCUGGUGAACUUAAAGACUGGUUUGUUGGUCGAAGUAAUGCCCAAGGGAUAGAUCUAAACCGAAAUUUCCCAGAUCUUGAUAGAAUAGUCUAUGUUAAUGAGAAAGAAGGUGGCCCAAACAACCAUCUGCUGAAAAACAUGAAAAAAGCUGUGGACCAGAAUCCUAAGCUUGCUCCUGAAACGAAAGGUGUCAUUCACUGGAUUAUGGAUAUUCCCUUUGUGCUCUCUGCCAAUCUUCAUGGAGGAGACCUUGUUGCAAACUAUCCUUAUGAUGAGACUCGGAGUGGCAGUGCUCACGAAUACAGCUCCUGUCCCGAUGAUGCUAUUUUUCAAAGCCUGGCUCGAAGUUAUUCUUCUUUUAAUCCUGCUAUGUCUGAUCCAAACAGACCACCAUGUCGCAAAAAUGACGAUGACAGCAGCUUUGUGGAUGGAACAACUAAUGGCGGUGCAUGGUACAGCGUCCCGGGAGGAAUGCAGGAUUUUAAUUACCUCAGCAGCAACUGCUUUGAAAUCACAGUGGAGCUUAGCUGUGAAAAAUUCCCACCUGAAGAAACUCUGAAGGGCUACUGGGAAGACAACAAGAACUCCCUUAUCAAUUACAUCGAGCAGAUUCAUCGAGGAGUGAAGGGGUUUGUCAAAGAUCUUCAGGGCAAUCCAAUAGCAAAUGCCACAAUUUCUGUGGAGGGGAUAAGCCAUGAUAUUACAUCAGCCAAGGAUGGUGAUUACUGGAGAUUGCUUGUGCCUGGAAAUUACAAAGUUACAGCCUCAGCACCAGGCUAUCUAGCAAUAACUAAAAAAGUGGCUGUGCCCUUUAGCCCUGCGGUUGUGGUUGAUUUUGAACUGGAGUCACUGUCUGAAAGAAAAGAAGAAGAGAAAGAAGAGUUGAUGGAAUGGUGGAAGAUGAUGUCAGAAACACUAAAUUUUUAAAUGAAGAUUUUGGCUUUACAGCUUUUAAUCUAUUAUAUGUUGACUUAGUAUAAUGUACUGUGGAGAGUCCCUAUAUUCUAGAUUUUGUGCACUUCACAAUAAUUAACUUUGAAUUUUUCAGUCAUCUUUUGAUUAAAAUGAUUACAGAUAACUACUAGCCUCCUAGCUAGAUAAAUAAGUUAUUAAUUUUCUUUCAUAUUGUUAUAGAAAAUUUACUCUUAUAUACAAAUCAGAAAAAAAUGAGUGAAUGCAGCCUAUAUGGAAGUACAAUCUGUUGUGUAUUAUUUGCAAGUUCAGAAUAUGUAGGUUAACUCUUGAUCUUAAAAAAGAAAUAUGCCGUAGUCAAUUCCCAAUACUGCCAGAAAUAUUUGACAGUGCAUAGUAGUAGGCAGUGCUCUUUACUGAGUUCUAUAAUGGAUGUUAUUGAAAAGAUUUAUAAUAACAGUGUGUGGUGUAAUGUUUUACAAGGAUUAAAAUUCAGUAUAACAUUUUGUAUGUCUUCGGUGUUGGGGCUAUUUAAAAAUGUAAGAAACAUAAGCUGACUUCAUUUUAGUAAGCAGAAGGAAUCUGCGUAAGCUCUUUUAUUAAAGAUGGCAUGGAAUGAAUUCAGGAAAUAGGGGAGCUUUAUUCCUUAAACUGUUAAUGAUAUUUCAAGAUCAGGUUUUAAUUAUUUCUUAUUACUUAUUAAGCAAAUUAAAAAUUCUGAAUGGGUGAAGAAGAGCUUGUGCAUCUUGUUAAUAUGCUGCUUGUGUUUGUUUUACAGCAAGAAAAAAAAAACAUUUCAGGUGAUGUUUAUUUUAAUUAGAUAACUACCUUUUCAACAAUCUUUACAUGUGUCAGUGGUGUCUAGAUAAUCAGCCAAAAGUUCAUAUGUUCACUGAAAGCUACCAAAACUUUACAGUUUAGACAAUGAACUGGAAGUCUACUGAGGACGCGCAUUUAGUCUUACAAGCCAAGAAUGGUUUUGUUCCCAACUUUGUUUCUUCUGCUGGUUAGUCUUAUCUAAAAGUAGAAGCAAGACAGAUAAGUGAAAUUUUUUUCAGUGUGGUGAAGUUUUCUCAAAAUACUUGAAGAUGAUACAAAAAGCAACUUUGAUUUAAAAAGAUCCUUCUUCCUCCUCUUUUUUUUUAGUAUACUUGAAUUAGCUUGCUUUAGUAUUUUGUCUAAGACGAGUGAAAUUUGCAGAGUCAGACAAUAUACAUGAACCAUAGUGUGUGCAAUUUGGUAUAAUUGUUCUGAAACCACUGCUGGUAUGCUACUUGAUAGCAGCUAAGCAUCUCAUCUGUUUGAAAGCUUACACACUAUUGCUGGUCUACUUUAAUUCAAGAUCAGAUGUUCGAUAUAGACUUCCUUCCUCUGUUUCAUUAGUAUCACUGUCUGUGUUUUGAUUAACAUAGUAUUUUAGUUGAUGCUGUAGGAGUUCAGUACUGUUCAGAACCAACCAACAAUGCACUAUCAUGCUCCUGCCAUAAGUGAAAAAUCACAUGUUCAGGUGUAGGACCCAAAUUUACCUCCUUUGGGUAUUUAAAAAUCUGCUGAAAAUACUGUUUUCUGAGAAUUUGAAAUUCUUUAAUAAAAAUAGCAUUUGAUCCUUUAAAGUAACAGGCUUAAGGUUUGACACACAUUGAUAAAUUGAACAGCAAUAAAAAGGCAUAAACUUUCUCUCUCUGAUCAAGAGUUUGCUAUGUAACCUGUAGCUCAUUUGGGUAGUAGAUAUUUAACUACAAACUUCAGGGGAACUUCACUUGCUGUAAGUCAUUAUGCGGUGAUGAACUUAGAAUCUCCAUUGCAAUGAGGAACCCCUGUGGCAAACGAAGAAUCUUAUCUGAACAUGUCUUUAUAACAGCUUGUGGCUAGCUGUGCACAAGAGUAUGCAUAAAGGAUGCUCAGUUACACCAGCUCGGGUGUUUAUGACAAUUUGAAAGGCUAAGACAUGUAGCACAAAACACACUCUGUGUCUGGAGGUAACAAUACUGUUUUCAGCUGAACCAGGUAAAAUCAAAGCAAACAGUCUAAAAAUUAGUUAUAACAAGAGACUGCUGGCAUGUGGGCAAAUGGCUACAGGAGUGUUUCUGACCUGUAAACUAAUGUAAUAAGGCAAGUGUACAUUUGUACAGAACACUCUGCUCUGCCCCUUCCAAACCUAACAAUUUCAGUCCAAACAAUAUUACUACAUGAUGUGAUGCCUGUCAUGCAUCAGGUCUUCCUGUGUGGUGGAUUGUGUGGCAUAGUUAGUGCAGACAUUACAUCAAAGUGAUCUCAUAACAGAUUUCUAAUCCGUACUUGUAUUACAUGUGUGACAUCCUCUGGUCUACUGUUUCAUGCAUUUGCAAUUAAAUGUGGUGUCCCUUAAAUGAUCUCUUCAUUUAGCUCUAGAUGACUGCUUGCUAUUAUUGUGCUGAGAACAGGUUAAAGUGAUUAAAUGCUGCACCACCAGAACCACUGCCACUGUUCUUGCUGUAGGUAAACAUCCUUAAGAACAGUGUAGGCAGGACUCUCAAUAAAUUCAUUCAUUAUGUAGCUUUCCUAGCUGAACUGAGCUGUGUUGUAGGACUGUGAUUGUUUAAAUGGAAGAUUAAAGUGUUGUGUGAUGCUGAGCUUUUGGUUAAAAAGGCACAUGCUGUACUAUUGUAAAAUAAAUCUACAGGUUUAUUUAAAAUGUAAAA